CGCUAACGGAUAGAUAGGGUUCUUGUGGUGCGGGGAUUUUGCUUUUGCGCCCUCCAGCGAUGUGAGGGGGCGCUGCCGCUGAUGUGGGCGAUUGGAAGCUGUCAAAAUGCGCUGCCAGGUAUCGCCAUUCCUUUCAUCUCUAGAUCGGUGAUAGACGCGGGGAGAGGGGGGAAAUUAGGUCGUGCUAGCAAUGUAGCAGACGCCAAGAACGUAGCAUCGACCGGAAAUGCGAUUGCCGGGAACUUCCAGUGGAUGUUUAGCGGUUUCUAUGAGAAUCCAGCGCAAAAUCCAGUGGUUGUGGGAGAGGAAAGCAGUGUAGUGGCAGAUAAAAAUCUCACUCCUUGUGAAGAAGAUCGGGGGCAAAUAGCUGCGAGUAGAAUUAGCUUAUCGGAUCAAACAGAUGACACGAAGAAGUUGAUAGGAGCCAUUUAUCGCCGCUACGCUACUUCUGCUGGAGGGAAGUAUGAUUUCUUGCGGCUUCACAACGCUCUUCACAGGCUGGGAGCUGACGAUCCCGUUGCUCCAGUUCUAGAAAGCUUUAGGCGAGCGAUAACCAAGGACACAGGAUCCUGGCUGGUCAUCAAGCUCUCGAGAGCUGGCCGACGAAGAACAGCCUUCAAAGUCCUGGAAUGGCUGAGCGACAGGAAGAGAGGUAUCCACGCCAACGCUUACAACUCUCUCAUCACCGGACUUAUGAAAGAUGGCGACGAGGCCGACGCCAUCGCCAUCUUCGAGAGGAUGAAGCACGACCGGGUGGCCCCGACGCUCUACACUUAUACGGCCGUCAUGCGAGCGCUGUCUCACGUCCAAGGCUGGGAGUCGGCUCACAGGAUGUUUAGCGAGCUCGUCGUGCAUGGCUCGCUCAAGCCCGACGUCGCCAUGUACAACACGAUGCUGGCGGCCUACGGGCGAGGCCACAAGCUGGAGAGAGUUCUCCAGACGUGGGAGAGGAUGCAAAAGGAAGGAUGCGUCGAGAACGUUGGAACUUACUGCCUGCUCGUGAGCACCUUCGUCCAGACGAACCAGGCCGACUUGGCUCUCGACGCCUACGCGCGAAUGAACUCACAGGGCCUCAAGGCGACGGAUGGAAUCUACAGAGGCCUGGUUUGCGUCUGCGCGACGCAAGGACGCUGGCUCGUCGCUCUCACCUUCUUCAAGGAGAUGCUAGAGUCCGGUUGCAAGCCGACCAUCGUCACGUACAACGUUUUGAUGCGAGCGCUCGGCAAGGCAGGGAAGUGGGAGAUCGUCCUCGACUUGCUGCCGCGGAUGAAGGCGUCCGGGGUGGCGCCCGACUUCUACACCGUCAAUGCGGUUCUAAACGGCCUCAUCGCGGCCAGGGAGUUUGAUCGAGCGAUGCUCUUCUUCCACAGCGUGAAGUCGUCGGGGAUGAAGCUGGACAGGGAGGUUUACAACGUGAUCCUGGUCGCCUGCCAGAAGUCGAAGAACUGGGAAGCGGCGCUCUCGCUCGUCCAGGAGAUGGAGCAAACCGGGAUCGCUCCAAACGAAGUUACGUUUGGUCCGCUGCUGGUGGCUUGCGAGAACGCCAAGCAGGUCGAGGUAGCGCUGAGGCUUUACGAGCACAUGAAGCAGCGGCGGUGCGUUCCAAACACUCACGUCGUGGCGUCGCUCAUCCGAGCCUGCGGGAAGGAGCUCAUGUGGCAGCAAGCCAGGAACAUUUAUCGGGACUUUCGUAAGGCGGGACAAAAGCCCAACGUUUACGUUUACAACGCGCUCAUUGAUGCCUAUUGCAGGAGCCAAAAGUACCACCUCGCCAAGAAGGUGGACAGGCGGAUGAUCGAGGAAGGCUGCCAACGUAACAACGUGACCAACCUCUUGCGGGACAAGUACUACAAGAGAACCCCGAGCGUUACAGACUACUAAAGAGAGAAUCCCCUGGCAUAUUCGCGUCCAUGGAAUAUACCAUAUCGAAGGAUAUCCCCUCGAAUAUGCUCCGGGCCACAUGACACGAGAAAAAACUGUUUUUCUUCACACCACAAAGAGAAAAGAACAAACUUGUGAGCU